AUCCACAUCAUCACCAUUAUCAUCAUCAUCAUCAUCAUCGUUAUCAUCCAGCACAUGUAACUACAACAACAACAACAGCAUUGCUAACAGUAGUCUCUGCAAGAGUGAAAGCUUAUCGUCGCCGGUGAAAACAGAAUCAAAAUGCCUACGGUCCGCAGUACCAAUUGUUUCUCUGCCGCAGAAACACAUUUUGAUGCUGUUUCACUUGAUGAUACGUUGCAGCUUUUUGGCAGUAAUGAUGAACCUAGCAAAUGGUGGAAAUUUCUGGAUGAAGUCUGCAAUUCAGAAUCUAAAAACCCAAUCUCUUCACAGUCAGUUACAGAUUCUUCGUGUCUUGGAGCUGCUGAGCUUCUCGCAAAAGAGAAUUCCAAUUCCAUGGUGGGGACCGCAACAACACAACUGGACUCCCUCGAUGAACUUAUAAAAUCUGACCAUGUCUAUGUCAAGCCUUCCCCAUCUCCGUCUCCAGCUUCUGACAGUGGACCAAAGUCCCUGAUGGAAGUUUGUGAUAUCUUGCCAUGUGAUGCUGCUGAUGAAGGCGUGUUUGUAGACGAGGAAGCAAUAGUGUCAGCAGUCAGCUCCACUGUAAUUGUUCCUGACAUUUCUAACAUUGCCACUCAAGAAUAUGACGAUAUCAAAGACAACGAUGCCAUCACUGACAACAGCAGCAGCAACAUCGAUGAUGAUAGUUAUGAUUUUGACCCUCUGGCCUUACUGCAAGAUAUCCUGCAAGAGUCGGUUGACAGCCAAGAAGGCAAAGAAACAAACGAUAUUCUACAACUGGCAGAUUUAGAGCAGCUUGAUACCUCUGAUCUCGCUGAAGAAAACAACCCCAUCUCCUCCCUCAUGCUCGAUAUGAAACUGAGGAAAUCCUGUGACUCUACUGAAAGUGAAAUGAAAAUUCCCGUUGAAACAACUUAUAUGGAUCAAUUCAGUGACUCUGCCAGUGACUCUGGUAUAAAUAGUGAACCUAGCAAUCCUGGGUCCCCUUACCAGGAUCAGUUGACGACAAUCCCUUUUAAUGACAUGGAUCCAAUGGAUGACUGCAUGUUGCCAGAGAUAUUUCCUUGUCUCGUUUGAGCAGUGAUAUCUCUUUCCCUCUCUUCCUUUUGAUCGAGCCAUUGCUUGUGAGUGGCUGGAUUAUUCUGACCGGUUCCCCUUUGAGCUUAUGUUCUCCAAGAACUAAAGCUAAAGCAGAACUGAAUGAUAUUAAUUACUUAAUCACAUCUAGUGCUGAUUAAGCUGUACUAAUAGCUUAGCCAACUGAGGCAGUCAGCUUAUCUUUUGCUAACCACUUCUCUGUUAAGUUGUUAAGCAUCGUCUAGAUACUACUCUACACCAAGGACUAAGGCUAAGCAAAGUUUUUACUGACCUAAUCAUAUUUAGAACUAUCUCGUAUUCACAAAGCUGUAUCGUAAAUUAUUGAAGCUUGGCCUUUCGAUGCAGUCAACCUAUCUCUUCAUUUCCUAAGACUUGCAGCAUCCUGGUGCAUUGUUUGGAAUGAGACGAGUCUCUUAUUUUACAUAAAAUGAGGGUGAAAGUGGUUCUCACUGUAGCCCCUAUGCCUUCCAGCAGUCACCACCAUCACUUCCACCAUGUCGUUCUUGGUAGUUGAAGUAGUCAAGUAGUUAAAAUAUUAAGAUAAAAAUCUCAAAAACUUGUCUGACAUCAAUGAUUUCUACAAUUUAGAUAUAUCUUAUGAGAGUAAUUUCAAAUUUUCUCACACUCACACAAAAAAGCAAAUAUAAUUUGACUUCUUUAUAACCUCCUUUACAUUUAUUCAUUUUCUUUUUCUAUUAUUUCUUUUUGCCUCUUACACCUUCUCUAAUCACUAUCAUUGAAAGCUUACAUUUAAUACUUAGGUUAAAAAAUUAAACUUAGCAUAUCACUACAGCCAUAUCAAUGCCCAUAUAUCAAAAUAUUUAUACAUACAUAUAUAUAUAAUCAUAAAUAUAUAGGGAUUGACAGUAACCUGCUUCUCCAACAUACUGAGAAUUCAGAAAUAGCAGUCAAAGAACUACUGAUUUCAAAACUACAAAUUAUUACUCCAGAUUGAUAGCGAUAUUUUUGAUACACACAGAACAAAAAACAGUAGAGAAGAGUAAAAAAACCACCUGCCUUUAGUUACCUGCAUAUCUACAUAUAUAUAUAUAUAUAUAUAUAUAUAUAUAUAUAUAUAUAUAUAUAUAUAUACAUAUAUAUGUAUAUAUUUGUCUCUUUAGUUCAAGAUGGAGUCCGUUCACCUUUCAUCUUACAUUCCUUGACAUUAGCGGUACUGUUUAUGUUUCUAUUUUUACUUUUUCUAGUUACUUGAGGCAGAUUGGUAGAAUCCAUAGAGUGGCCCUGACAAAAUGCUUUGCAGUAUUUAGUUAUGUCUCUAGUUAUGUUCUGAGUUCCAGUCCUGUCCAUGGUCAAUAGAAUAAGAUACUCAACUCCUUGGGAACUGAUACAAUCAGAUUCUCCUUUCAUUACCCCCUCCACCCUUCUCCUAUCUCUAGACUUGUGCAAAAAGUAGAAAUUACUUCACAGCAAAAAUAGCAUACAGUUUCAUGAGCUUAUAUCAUAUAUAUAUAUAGAUCAGAGCUCUGCAGCUGUUAUGUUUAACAUACUGGUGUGUCAUGAUACGAUGCUAGGAGUGCCGUAGUGUAACCUGAAUAUAAUUUUUUCUCCUAUACAUUUAGUUAUAUUUUUAGUUCAGGUGUGCCACCGAAUUUUGAAAAGAAUAUAUAUGUACCGCAAGUGAAAAAAGGUUCCGGAACACUGAUAUAGAUGUAUGCCUGUCUAUCUGUCUAUAUGUUUAUGUAUAGUGUGAAAAUAUGAUUUAUUUUUAUAUAGUCAUUAUCUCGAUAUCAUACUUCAUUUCAUAUAUUUAGCUCCUAUGAUUUAAAAAGAUAUUUAUUUUAUUAUGUUUUAUUUAUCAAAAGUUUGUCUUGUUUCUUUUUUUCCUUCUAUCAAAAUAUUUCUUUCAUAUCUAAUGUAAAAUAGUAUUAUUUCUAGAAUAUUCUUAUAUCCAAGAGCACUGUUUUUAACUGAGUCACUGUAAAUAACAUUGUUAUUCAUAUGAAAAAUGAUUUUAUAAUUCCAUAUCAUACUCUUUACAAUUGUAAAACAAAAACAAAACUCCAAAAUCAACAUAGUUGUUUUCUUCAAUCAUGAGGUUUGAAAACCUAAAUCUAGGUUGUUUAAUAAAUUUGUUUCUGAAAUAAGAAA